AUGGAGGAAGGAACAACUAAGGAUUCCCGUCCUAGGAGAAAUUGUGUUAAAUCUCCUAUCACCGAAAGUGACGAGGUUGAUCAUUCAGAUAGCAGUGAUUUCGAAUCCAAAUCCUCUAAGAAGGCAAAGAUGGAAAAAAGGAAAAAACGAACAAGGAAAAUUGACACUCGUUCUUCUCGUGAUCCUGAUUUCUUUACUCAAAAUUUUUCGUCGUCGACACCAGCUACUGGUUCACAAGAAACUCCCGACGACGACGGCUAUGGAAUCGCGACUGACAAAAAGCAGGGCCGACAAAGCCGACCAACAACAAAAGUUGGCCUAGAAAAUUUGGGUGAGACUUGUUACCUCAACUCCAUUCUCCAAUGCCUCGCUUCUGUGUUUGAUAUCAGGACCACAUCUAAUUUCAACUUGCCACGGUCCACAUUGUUGAAAGAAUUGUUACUUUGUUUUGGGUCCAUCAAUGGAGAAAGUGAUGAACAGUUUUCGCCUGUUGCAAUCCUCGACGCAGUGAAAGAAAGAUUUCCUUUGCGCCAGCAACACGACGCCCACGAACUGCUUAGGUUCAUUAUCCAAUUGCUCAAAGAAGAAGAUCCUACUAAUAUGACACUUAAUGAAUUGAAUUAA